GGAGGUGGAGAGAGGAGGAGACCGGCGGCGGAGGCGGGAGGAGGAGGAAGUAGAGGCGGCAGAGAAUAGCGGGCAAAUGGAGCUCUGAAAGGCUGCGAGAGCUCCGGAGGAAGGAGUUGAACGGGCGAGCGACUUCGAUUCGUCCCUUUCGUUGCCCAACCCAGCCGGGGCUCUGGCUUAUAAACUCUGAAGUGCCGCCGCCUCUGCUUCAGACGGCGGUUCUCCCAGAAAAGCCUAGCCGUGCCGUCGUUACCUCCUAUCUAUUCCCUCGCCCGGGCAGAGGAAGGGAAAGCUCUCCCUCCGCCGGUGCUCGGAACCUUUCCGGAUUCGCCGAGUCUCUCGGAGGGCCUGCAGAAAAAGGUUGCACCGAACUUACUGCUGCUAGCCCGCCCGCCCUCCGCUCGCUCCUUUGCCUCCCUCGCCUCGGCCAUGCCGGUUGGUGGCGUGAGGAAGUUUCCGGAUGGCUGCUGAGAGGUUCCUCUUCUCUUCCAUCCCUACCUCUCCGCUUCGGCCAAGGCUCGUGGUUGCUUUCCCCCAAAGCCGCCUCUUGGUGAAAUGCUGAAGAACUGGGCCCCCUCUUCGCUUUUUUCCUAGUUCGAGGCUUUUUUUGGAAACUGAAAGGGUGUCCUCUUAACUGCCGUAAUUACUUCGGAGUAGGUGUCGGCAUCCUUGGCGAGCGGGGGUCCUUCCUGAUUCUUCUAUUUUCAGAAGAACGGCAUGCUCUGCUGAAGUGGUAACACGAUGCAGACCUUCUUGAAAGGGAAAAGGGUUGGUUAUUGGCUGAGCGAGAAGAAAAUCAAGAAGCUCAAUUUCCAAGCCUUUGCAGAUCUUUGCAGGAAAAGAGGGAUAGAGGUUAUACAGCUCGACCUUACCAAACGAAUAGAAGAUCAGGGCCCAUUAGAUGUGAUCAUACAUAAACUGACAGAUGUCCUAAUUGAAGCUGACCAAAAUGACAGCCAGUCAUUGGAGUUGGUUCACAGGUUCCAGGAAUAUAUUGAUGCUCAUCCUGAAACUAUAAUUCUGGAUCCUCUUCCUGCUAUCAGGACAUUACUGGAUCGAUCAAAAUCCUAUGAACUUAUUAGAAAGAUAGAACUAUAUAUGAAAGAUGACAGAAUCUGUUCUCCUCCAUUUAUGGAACUAACAAAUGCAUGUGGAGAAGACACCUUGAAGCAGAUAGAAAAAAAUGGAAUUGCAUUCCCAUUCAUUUGUAAGACAAGAGUCGCCCAUGGAACCAACUCUCAUGAGAUGGCUAUCAUAUUCAACCGGGAAGGCCUGAAAGCCAUUCAGCCUCCAUGUGUGAUUCAAAGUUUCAUCAACCACAAUGCUGUCCUGUACAAAGUCUUUGUGGUUGGGGAGUCAUAUACUGUGGUGAAGAGGCCCUCUGUGAAGAACUUCUCAGCAGGCAUUUCUGACCCUGACAGCCUCCAGACACCAGGUCAUGUCUUCUACAGCAUCUCCCAAUGGGCUUGGAAUGGAGAUAUAUACCAGCAGGAUAGGACAAAUUAUAGAGAAUCAAUAUUUUUCAACAGUCACAAUGUAUCAAAACCAGAAUCCUCUUCCAUCUUAACAGCACUUGAUAAAAUAGAAGGGGUGUUUGAGAGACCAAAUGACGACGUCAUCCAAGCAAUCUCAAAGACACUAAGGCAGACUUUGGGGAUUUCUCUCUUUGGCAUUGACAUUAUCAUUAAUAAUCAGACUGGUCAGCAUGCAGUCAUUGAUAUCAAUGCAUUUCCAGGAUAUGAAGGUGUCUCAGAGUUUUUCACCGACCUCCUGAAUCAUAUAGCUACUGCCCUGCAGGAGCAAACACCAGAGUUGUCCCAGCUGAACCAUAACAAAUUCCUGGCAGAGCAGAGCAGCAGCCUCGUGGGGGAGCGGACGUGCUGUGCUAACACUGGUUGCCGGAGCAGGGCAAGCCAAGACCCCUGGAUUGUAGAGAAUGAGACCAGCAGCUCAGUCAAGCUGCAGCACCAGAGGCUGGGCUGUAACUCAUCCAUGUCACCAAGCUUUCAGCAACAUUGUGUGGCCACAUUGGCCACGAAAGCUUCCUCUCAGUGAUCCCUUUCUGUGCCACAGACUGAGAAAGAAGGCCAUCAGCCCCUGGGCUGUGAAGUCCAUGUAAUUUUUUGAAAGAAAAGUGAAAUUAGUGAUAUGGGUCCAUUUUAACAGAUUCCUCUUAUAAUUCUAUAGCAGGGGUCCUCAAACUUGGCCACUUUAAGACUUGUGGACUUCAACUCCAUGCUGGCUGGGGAAUUCCUGGAGUUCAAGUCCACAAGUCUUAAAGUGGCCAAAUUUGAGGACCCCUAUUCUAUAGUGAGUUUAUCCAUCCAUGUAUGGAUGCCUGUUGUGCGCAUGUAUCUUAAACACUAUAUCUUAACGUGGGAGGAUGGAUUUGUCUUUUUCCCAUGCCUUUUUCUUCUCUUUGUAAUCAUUGACCAGAGUUGGGUGAUGAAUUGUGCCGGACUGAUAAGGAUUUGUGUUGAAAAUUUGCACACUUGGAUCCAACCCCUUUCCAUCUUUGUUUCCAAAAAGCCCAUUCCAAAGAAUAAAACAUGUGUUUAUUUUACACCUAAAUCCAGAGGAAAUCUGCAUACCCAAGAUCACCAUUUUACUUCUUUGUGAAAAACUUUGAAGUUUGAAACUGCUUCAGAUGGUUUCCCAUUUCCCUGAAGAAGAAUGUGUGGGUGUUUAUUUGCUCUUGUGAAAAACUAUAGGUUGAGGUAAUACUGCCAUUAAUCUCAUUUGGGGCAGAGGACUCCAUAAUUGUUGGAGGAUUACCACAUCUGGCAUAAGAACAAGCUGGGAAGUUUGGCCUUUUCUUUUUCUGCUGCUUUACUGAUCCUGAGACAAAAGGACAUCUCUUUCACGUAUUUAUUAACUGAUAGGGUGACUUAUUUUUAGCUUUGUAUGGUGCACAGAUCCAUUCACUAUGAUUUAUAAAUCAUGGUUUCUUUGUUAGAGUGGACUUGUGCAUCAUGUUAAACAAGAAACUCAAAUUGUGGAUUAGCAUUACAUGUGAUCUACGGGCCUGUUUGUAAGCACUACUGUGCACAAGUAUUUUUUCUUAGUGGUGGGUAGAAGUAAAAGUAAAUUUGUUAAAGUAAAUUAGCAGCAAUCUGUCUCCAUUUCUGGCCUAUCAUUUGUGGAGUUGAACAUUUGAGAUACAGUAUAAGGGUAAUAUUUAUCUAACCUGUAAUUCAGUCUGGCUAUAUUUUAAGAACAAGUAACAAAACAACAUUGCAUCUUUCACUCUGUUUCUUUCAACACAUCAUCUUUGUGCAGCUUUGAACUGGUCAUGAAUUUGAAAAGGUACUGUGAAUGAGUUUUGGGACUCUUAAUUUGAGACAAUCUUUAAAUUGUCUCAGGAAACAUUGUUAAAAUAUUUUACUUAUUUAGAUACAUUUGGAAAGAUUGCUCAUCAUGAAUUAGGGAUCUGUGGACUAAUUCACACUCAGGUAGUAGUGUGAAUGUAUACUACAUACAUACUACAAGUUGUACACAUGAAUCCCAAUUUUUAAAAGGAUAAUAUAUUGGUAAUAUUUGCAUACAGGCAACAUUAUGUGUUUUUGUUGGAUUAAAGAAAGUUUGAAUUCUCAGAUUCUCUCAGUUCCUAUAAAGAUGACCCAUUUCUUAAUAUGUAUGAACUGAUAUUAAUAUAUUUUCCUCCACUGAUGGCAGCUUUUUAUUUGUUUCUUUGUUUUUAGAGUAAGGGAAAAAUGGAAAUAUCUGAUGAAAUAUGAAAGGGAGAUUAAAAAGAAAGGACCAGAAAUGAUUCUAAACUACAGUGUAAGGGCAGGAAACUGUACAAGAAUUAAUAGGAAGGAGAAUUGCUAUGCUUCUUUGUGAUUUUGUUUCUAAAGUUCUUCAUAAUUUUGCAGUAGGUAUUGACUAUAAAUAGCGGAAGAGAAGACAAUAUUUGUAGAAAGGCUUCUUAUAUGAUACUAUAUAGUCAUUUUGUUUAUUUCUAUUUCAAAUUUGAGUCAUAUGAUCCUGAAUUAUUGUCUUAAUAAUAACAGUUGCUGCAAUUUCCCAAUAAAUUAUUGAUAUUUGCCCUUGCAUAUUUUACAUGCCUUUGGUGGGAGUGAAAAAAUUGGUCAGACAUAUAUUCAUAAACUUUUUUUCAAUAUAGCAACACUAUUAAAAGUUUUUGAUAUUAAAAAAAAUGAUAGGAUUUUAACGUUAAACACACACAAAAUACAAACCACGAUUGUCCUAAUGAAAGGCACCUUUGAACAUAGCCGAGUCUCUCUCCCCUAUAACAUUAAUUAAGGCAAGAGUAUUUCAUUGCUGUACUGAGCAUUGCCAUCCCCUCCCUCCAAAAAAUACUACCUCCUUGACUGCUGCUUGCAUGGAUCAAGAAACUACCAAUUUGCAAUAGGGUUCAAACCAUUUUGUUUUAUUAUACAGUUUGUGGAAGAGCCAAAGAAAGAGGCAAAAUAAUUUAGUUCUUCUGGUAUAUCUUCAGGGAACAAGCAAUAUUAUCUGAUUCAGAGGGAUAUUAUGACAAUAUUUGUAAUUUUAAGGGGAAAAAAACUCCCCCACAUCAUCAUCAUUUACCCAAUAAAUUUCAGUUUUGAGGUGAGCAAGCUGAGAAAAAGAAUGUUCCAUCUGGUUUAGUUAGAAGACAUUUCAAAACUGUUGAUCAGCCUGGACUAUUUGAUCCUGUUUAAAUAUCUUUCUGCUAUUUCCUAUUUUUAAUAAUGACUAAGAAUUUCUUUUAAUGGCUGCCUUCUAAAUUUUGGCUAGCCUAUUUUGCACUGUUUUAUUUCUCCAAAAUAAACUACUGAUAUGUAAUUGUACAUUUUAUAUUUAUUUACAAAUGAUAUAUUUCGUAAAUUCUCCAAAGUCUUAAUACAAAGUAUAUCUUAUAAAAGUGCAGUUCAUAUCUUGACUUUAACUAGAGUCUAAUUUAAUUCUGUAGUCAAAUAGGUUGUCAGCUUCCUUCACCCUUUGAUGUAACUGCUGCUUAUUUAAAAAAAGACAAAGUGGGUUCAUAGCUUGCAUUUAGUUUAAUAAGAUGGCAUUGCAAGUGGGCUGACCAGCAGACAGUUUGUUAUCCUUUCUGUGAUUUUUUUUCUAUCAGACUAUUCUGUGUGGAAUAAAAUAUGAAUAAUAUUGUCAGGUUCCAGAGAAAGCACAGUGUGCUAUUACAUUACAGAGCAAUGAGCAUAUGGUACUAAAAAAAAUGAAUGCAAAAUCAAUUAUUUCAUCUCUGUUUUGUUGCAGUAAGUUUCUUGAACUCUUUUUCAAUUUAGAUACACCGCCAUGUGUUCCUCCCCAAGGGCAGUUUUAUGUGAGAACUGGAAUGUGCUGAACAGCCUCACAUUUGUCAUACAGAUUGAAGAGAAAUGUGUCUUUCUUUUUUCUUCUGAAAGCCCUGGGAGAGGAAGGUGGUAGUUUGGUUAUAUGAUUCCAAUUUUUGUUUCAGUCUGAAAGGCCAUCUCUACUUUUGAGAGUCUAUUGAGUAAUAGCAAAAAUAUUGCCAAUGCAUGUAGGUCCCCAAAGAAGCAUUACUAAUGUUGUUAAAUAUUGAAGGAUAAUGAAAGUAGACAGGCUUAAAUGUACACAAAUAGCAUUCAUGUUUAAUUUGUUUAAGAAAGUGUAACUAUCCGUAACUGCAUCACUACUUGUGGUAACAAAAUAAGAAGCAACUAUUUUAACUAUUCCCCUCCCCCCCGUACUUUCCAGUAAAUACAUUACAAACUUUUGUGCCUCUCAUUAGAAUGUUUCUUUGUAAAGCAUAUUUUCAGUAAUAUAUUUUAAAUCUCUACCAGAAACCAGUCCAUCUUCUUUAUUAUAGAAAUAAGUGUUUGGAUGUAAAAUUUCAUAAAAAUCUUAAUGUGAUUAAAAAGAGCUAAAAAUGUAAAAAUUCAGUAAACCCAAGUUAUCACAUUCUGUUCAAAAUCUAAGGAAGAUUACAUGUUAGAUUUAUGUGAGUGAAUAAUAUCUGCUACAUUGUUAGAUUACCCAAACUAUAACAUGAGAAACAGUUGGUACUGAAAAUGGUUAAACUUAAAAUUUUUAAUCUGCAACAAAUAUACUUUUUAUAUCAAAAUAAUCUAAAGGUCAUACUUAAAAAGAUUUUAAAUCUCUUUUCAAGUCAAUUUCAAAAUAUGCCAAUCAAUUUACAUUUUAUAUAUGCUUUAUAUAAUCAGUUAUAAAUGGUAAUUCAUUUAAUAAAUACUGGAAAUCUACUUUUUUUUAAAGAUAAACUAAGAAAUAAUUAACUAGAAUUAUUAAUUACAUAACAUCAGAACAAAACAUACUUUAUCUGAAUAACGUAAUUAUUUUUUAGACACAUAGUUUAAAACUCUCUUAGAUAAGUGUAUCUUGGGCUUUUUCUUUCAACGUCAUCUGGAUAAGCAGAUUAAGGUUUUUCUGAAUCAACAAGCCUUUUGCCAUCAGCAAGGGCUCUCCUAGUGGGCAGCUUCUCUUCCACGCCUGAUAACUCAGAAGUGCAGAUUACUGUAGGUCGUUCUAAGCAUCUUGUAAGAUCUUUUUGCAGAAUGCUUAUAUCAUGCUCAGUUCUACUGCUAGCCUAUUCUCGUUUGACAUCAUUGUGUGAGCUGAUAAGCGCAAACAGGUACAUGAUGUGGCAGACACCUGUGGAUUGAGUUGGGUCUCCCAAACAUAUUAAAGAAUAAAAUUAUGCUGUUUUCAGCAGUGCCAGGUUGAUGUUUUGACAUCAAUUUUUAAAUCCCCCUUUUUUUUCUAGAAAAAGGUUCUUGAGCCACUCUCACUGGGAAUAUAAUGCAGUAAUUGUUGAUGUCCCAGUGAUAUUCAAAAGGAAUAGACAUUCCUUACUUUUUAUUCUCAAAAUAUGCUAUGGCAUUGAGCUAUAUAUAUGAAGAAAGAAUGUUGGACGUACCUACAUAGCAAGAUACUAAUUUUUUAUUGUUUUUGCUAACUUCAUAUAGCUGUUCUACUCCCUUCUAUUCUUAGUUUCUCCCUCCUGUUUCCAUCCAUAUAAAUAUGAAUGAAUUAUUUGAUUUGUUGCCUACAGAAUCUUUUUUUUGGACCCAUCAUGUAUAAAAUUGGUGAUGUUCAAGAAGAAAUAACUUUCUUUGUAAAAGGACUUCCUCUUUUGAGACAGUGUACUCUCCCAUUUUUUUUAAGUGUAUCAAAAUUAAAAUUUUUCUGGUUUACUUUGCAAGUAAUAUUUCACAAUAUGUAAUUGACCAUCUUACAGCUGUAAUUUGAAAAAUCAAUUUUCCUUAGAAAUGUAGUCCUCAUGAGGGCAGGAAUUACCCAUGAUUGUGUCAAAGAAACUGAGUGUUAACUUUUUCAGAGGCUCUUUGCAUUUCUUUACUAAAUAUUUUAUUUUUGAAUUUUUGAAUUGUGUUUCAAAAUGGCAAAUCAGUAUAAACCAGUCCAGUUUUCAAUAAUAGAACAUUCCUUCCUCAGUAUCUCAAUAAACUUAGCUAACAUACUUUACUUUUAAAGAAUGGCUUUAUAAAACAUUACUCUGUAUGCAAUUGGGACUAAGAAUAUACAAGAAGAGAAGAAAGUUAUUCCUGGAUUAUGUAAUACUGAAUUCAGUUUCCAUUCAAUUCAAGUUUUCAGAAUUAAAAUUGCAGUGUGUUUAUAGUGAAGAAUUCAAUUAGUACAAACUCACCUGCAGUUUGAAUUAAUAUAGUCAAGGAACAAGGACAGCACUGGUUAUUUACUAAGUUCAAAGGACCAACUGGUAUUUUGUAAUACAAGUUUCCUUUAGUCAAACCCACUUUUGUAAAUUACAUCUAUUUUCCUUGUGAUUGUUUUGUUUAAUCUUAUUUUAACAGAGCAUAAUUUAACAAUUUGCUUUUAAUGAAAAAUUGAAACAUAAAUUCUCAAUGCGCUGUUAGAUUUUACUUUAGAAAACACUACCAAAAUAUUAUAUGUUAUAAUGAAUAAGAAUAUUGGGUGCAGAAGGAAACUUGUUUGCAAGUAGUUUAUGGCCCAUUGGCACUUGUAUCUUUCACCAUUUGCACAGCAACAUCUUAGUGUAUUUGUUUAGUAUUUGAAGGAAGUCAUAUUUAUAAAAUGCAAAUAUGUAAGUAUAAAAAUAUGACAUCUAUAUUUGAGAUUGUGUGCACCCUUUAAUAGGGAUUCUUUAUCAUUUUUAUGAAAAAAAUGGUAAAAAAUAUGAGAUGUAUUUUUCCCAGUUCUUUGCAUUUCUUCCUUGGUGUUUUCAUAUAGUUCACAUAUUUCCUCCUGUGUUCAAUUCCAGUUAAUAUUCCAGUGAAUUGGGCUCAUCUCUACGCUAAUAUGGAUUGCACAUCUCUUUUUCUUCCCCUUUUCCUCUUCCCUUCUUUUUAUUUUUUGGAUGGGACAGAAGUUGUGGGAAGUUUUACAAAAAUUUAAAGCAUGCUUAAGCAUUUUAUCAGUUCAAAGUUGAAGUUAUCUUGGACCAUUUCUUUAUUAUAUCAUGUUUGAAUUAAGGAUAUUAAUACUGUCUUCUGCUAUUUUAGAUAGUGUUAUAGCAAGUGUGAGUGUUGUGAUUUGCUUUGGCCCUGUUCACAAAAUUACUUUCGUAAAAUUAAAUUCUUUUGUAUCUAGAGUGUGUGUACCCGCCAAUACACACAUGCAUAUUUAUACAUGCAUAUGAAUAUAUAUGAUUUCAUUUUUAAAAAAAUAGCCCUAUAUAAAACCAAAAAUAUUAGUUCCUUGGCAGUUUACUUGUAGUGCAUGACUGACGUCCUUCUCAAUAAUCACAUGAUGCUUCUCUUGCUUAAAUCAUUGAUUUCCAUAAUCUUUUUCUCCAUUUUCUCCUUAUUUACCAAACACUUGUGACAAAUAUUUUACUAUUUUAACCAUAGAGUUAAAAUGCACUUAAAUCUCCUCUGUUGUUUCAAUGUCUGCUUCAGAGAGAAAACUCCAUUUUGCAAAAACAUGAUUAAAAUAAAUGCCUUAUACAAAACCUCA